GGAGUAUAACUUUCCUCUAUCUGGAGUGGGGUUUGUAAUCAGACAGGAGUGGAAUCUUUACUCAAGGCUAUUGUUGGUUGUGCGAAAAACUCUUCAAUCUUUCAGUGAAGCAUUUCAAGGACUAUCCGAGAUGUCUGAAGAUAUUGAACUCCUCGGAUUCCAAAUCGAAAAAGGUCUUAUUCCUACAACAUGGUUGAAAGUGUCUUACCCAACUUGCAAACCCCUUGGUCCUUAUGUGGAUGACUUAGUUAAUCGGCUCAAGUAUAUCAAGGGUUGCUGUAGUGAAGGGGUAGGGAGACAUGUGUGGCUUGGAGGGUUGUUCCAGCCCCAAGCUCUACUAGUGUCUGCUCUAGGGGAUCAUUCUAGAGUGACUCACACCCCCGUUCACCUGCUGAGUUGGGACCAUUGUAUGGAGCCUCCAUCUCCCGGGGACUCUGGCCUGUUGGUCUCUGGUCUUCUCAUCCAUGGAGCCCGCUGGAACUCAGCAUUAUCAAUUUUGGAAGACCAGCCUCCAAGGGAAUUCAUUAGUAAGAUGCCUGAGAUAUGGUUCAAGCCAAUACUCAAGUCAGAGAGGAAGGAAGAGUCCAGGCACCGGUACAGUUGUCCUCUGUAUGAAACAGCUGAUCGAGCAAACUAUGUAGCCCACGUGUUGAUACCCAGCCAACAUUCACCAGCUCAUUGGAUAUACCGUGGUGUGGUUCUCCUUUGUCAGUAGUAGAGUAGAAAAAACUGAGCUGUGAGUAAUAAUUCAUUACUUACCAACCGUUGAUCAGCUCAAAUAUUUGCGUGUU